ACACUCCAAACAAUUAAGCUCAGUCUUAAGUCAUAGAGCAAAAUGAAAGCUGCACUACCAGUCAAUCUGCUAAGUCUAUUAUUUUUUUCAAAUAAAUUUUUGCUGAUAAAUUCUUUGGCGAAUAAUCCGAGUCCAUUGGUGGUAAUUACGUGGGAUUAUUUGAAUGCAACCCAGCAUGCAUGGAAAAUUUUAAAUGAAGAAAAUAAAAGUUCAAUAGACGCAAUUGAAGGUGCCGGUAGUUUAUGCGAAGAACUGCAGUGUCGUACUACUGUCGGAUACGGUGGUAGUCCAGAUGAAGCUGGUGAAACUACAUUGGAUGCUAUGAUCAUGGACGGAGUAAAUAUGGAUGUUGGAGCUGUUGGUGGCAUAAGAAACAUUAAAAACGCUAUAUCAGUUGCACGGAAGGUCCUUGAAAAUACAGACCACACAUUACUAGCUGGAUCUCUUGCUACUGACUUUGCUGUGAAGAUGGGAUUCAAGCAUGAGUCGCUGACAACUGAUUUCUCGAAAAAUAUGUGGGAAUCUUGGAUGAAAAAUAAUUGUCAGCCUAACUUCUGGAAAAAUGUCAACCCUGAUCCAUCGACUUCAUGUGGGCCAUACAAUCCUGUAAAAAAAUCAAUUACUAGUAGGAUUGAUUUGGAAUUAACUGACAUUGAAGAUAAUCAUGAUACGAUUGGUAUAAUUGCGAUGGACAGUAAUGGAAAUAUAGCUGCUGGCACAUCGACUAAUGGAGCGAAUCACAAGAUACCAGGGCGUGUUGGAGACUCGCCAGUUCCCGGGGCUGGUGCUUAUGCUGAUCAAGAAGUUGGUGCUGCUGCCGGUACUGGAGAUGGUGAUGUAAUGAUGCGUUUCUUACCCAGCUUCCUCGCUGUUGAAGAAAUGCGCCGAGGAGCUUCACCAACGGAGGCUGCAGCAGUAGCAGUAAAGAGAAUAGCUAAACACUAUCCCAUGUUCAGGGGUGCUGUUAUAGCACUCGAUAAAAAUGGGGAUUAUGGUGCAGCUUGCAACGGAUUCGCUUCUUUUCCUUAUUUUGUUAGUAAUGCAGCACUUGGGAAACCGACAUUAUUACGCAUUAAUUGUUUCAAUUCAAUCAAACAAGUGACAUUAAUUUAA